GUUUCCUGUUGUGGCCCAACAGCACCAGUGAUUGUGUAAUCACUGCUACGCAUUAAACAUUAAGCAAGCGGCUGCAGAGAGUAGCAGAGCAACAGACCAUAAUACUGUAGCAAGAGGCACCUAUCAAAGAUCCAGUGAUCAAGGAGAGAUCAAUCUGUUUCCAUGGCGUCUGAGCAGCAAAGGGGUGAUGAGCCCUCUCUCCCCAGGGAAGAGGCUGUGUGCCCGGGCUGUCAGGGAGCAGGGCCCCUGGUCCUGCCGUGUGGCCACAGCCUGUGUGAGGCCUGCCUGGGGCUGUGUGAGGGCGAGCUGGGCCAAGGGGGCUGUACGAUCUGCUAUGGCAGAGACCUGCUGGACUGCGUCCUGAAGAGACUGCUCGACUCCCUGUUCCAAGGGCAGCCGCGGCGGGCCAGGGAUGGAGGGGUAGAGAACGGGGACAGGGAGCUGUGUCCUCUGCAUGGGGAGAGGCUGACGUUGUAUUGUGUGGAGGACAAGGAGAUUGUGUGUGUGGCGUGUCAGAGCGAGGAGCACGACGACCACGAGUGUUGUCCCACGGAGGAGGCUGUGCACGACUGCAAGAGGGAGCUGACGUCUGCCCUGAGACCUCUACAAGAGAAAUUGGAGGCUCUGACCACUGUCAAGCAGACCUGUGAGGAGUCAGCUGAACACAUCAAGAGCCAGGCACAGCAGACCGAGCGCCUGGUCCAGCAGCAGUUUGAAAGCUGCACCGGUUCCUCCGAGACGAGGAAGCUGCUGUGA